UUGGACAGUUUCAGUAGCCGCGGCACGACGUUCACUGCAAGUAUAAAAUGCAACCAGCUACCCUUAUUAGAAUUGGAGUCUCUGUCGAAUAAGACUUCAACCUUUGAGAGAGACUCUUUAUUAACGACAAUAUUAGUUACUAACAACAGAGACACAAUAAGAAUAAAAUAUGAUUGUGUUACGUUUUCAAUAAUUUUGUUUUGUGGUCCCAACCACUAAGGCAUUCUAUGAGUGGUGUGUUUGCUCAGCUGUUGUGCAGUUCAUGUAGAAUAGUCUGUGUCGAAUUGCGCAAUUGGUUCAUCACCCCCCCGAAUGAAGUGUUCCCUAGCGUAGUACUGGCACAAUCAGUAUAACAACGACUUCUUGUCUAACUGUUCACUUGUUAUCUAAUAUUACGCGUCCAAACGUAACAAUUUAAGUGGUGCUCUGCUCAUGAAGUAGCGGAAAAUGGACCGUGGAAAUUGUGUAUUUAUCUUGAAUAGGUUUCAAUGACUUUGUACAGAGAAUAAUGAGUUCGAAAUUGUGUACUACAAUGUUAUAUGGAGUUGCAGUAGUGUUGUGUAUCUUUACACAUAUACCUGCAAAUGAGGCAGAAUGCAGCAAUGGAGCGUCCGUGACUUUUGUGCGGUGGUCCGGUUUAAGUCCCGAGAGGGCAGCGCCAGUAUUCGUGUACACUGCUAGUGGUGAAGAGGACUCUUUAAUAGGAUCUUGUUUAGCGAGGUGUCGGGAGCUCGAAGACUGCGCUUCUUUGGUGGUCUCACAUUCCACUGGUAACUGCCAUGGCGUGGCUCUUGCGACCGAUUUGCAACUGAGAUCAGAUAAUGACGCAUCUUACUUCAAGAAGAUUUGUUUGAAAUUACCAGCAGAAUGCAAAGACCGAUGGUGGGCUUUGGAGGCUACGCCAGGAUACAAUCUACAUGCAGAAGGACCCAACAUAAAAGUUUUUCAUAAUACAACGCUCAAUGGAUGUUAUGACGUUAUGUUUUCUAUUAAUCGGGAAAGCAUAUAUCGGUCGGCGCAGUGGAUCGGUCCGGAGAUACUGAUGAAUAACGAUUUGAUGGAAACAUCUGCAGCAGACAUCGGCAACUGCAUCCUAAACGUAGAAGAUAAAUUCUCAGAACCCGAGUCUUAUCGGGUCACCAACUAUUAUACAGUGUACAUUGAAAACCAAUGCAGGCAUGACUAUCCAAAGAAGAUAGACAGAUGUUCCUAUGAAGAGUAUAAUAACCAGACGUUAAGGCAUGUGGAUUUUACAACAAAAAACUAUACGAAAGAUGAAUGUAAAAUAGGUUGUGAAGUGGAACAGCGGUUCGUCUGUCGAGGCUUCACGUGGAUUGAAGGUGGACGAGCGCGCGGCAGGGGUUUGUGCGACCUGCACAGUGAGGAUCUAGUUACCACGGGCUCCUGGCUCCUGCGCCGUAACUCUGCGGCCACAUACUAUAGGAGAGUCAUCUGUCUUAAUAUUACCGUAGAAUGUGAAGGUUCCGAAUUGAUUGUGACAUACCGACCACGCGGUCUGUUCCGCGGUCGGUUGUACGUGCCUGGUCGCGGCGAGCGAUGUAGCACGCGCGCCUCCGGAGGGCCAGUGCGACUUUCCUUGCCCCUCUACGGAGAUUGCGAUGUGAAUUUUGCAUAUGCUAUAACGAAUAGUCCUACCGGUGUGACUAAUAGAACAAUGGCGUACGUGAUGGUCAUGAUACAAAACAACCCAAUAAUCCAGACAGCAGGCGACCGUUGGGUGCGCGUCGGGUGCUCCCCGGCGAUCGGCGGCGGAGCACAAGCCGUUGACACCACGGUUGCCGUCCGAGAAACAGGGAGACCGUCUCUACCGAGCGAAUUGGCGAGUGCUGCAACGCCGGGGGCUGCAAGCACUGUGUACAGCACGAACAGUGCCCCGCUCACCAUGUACGUGGUGCGGGCACAGGACGAUACGGCUACCGGCAGCGGAGCUGUCUCGCUGGGAGAGCCUCUUGAGCUGAGAAUAGAAACCACAGAUGCAGCGGAGAUUGAGGCGUACCAUCUAGUAGCAUCUUCACGGCUUGGUGACAGUUCAGUGCUAUUGCUAGAUAGCAGAGGAUGUCCUACUGGGCAGGUUGACUUUCCAUCAUUCACUAGAAGCUGGUUCAGUGGGACACAGCGUUUGUCAGCUAAUUUCAAGGCAUUUCGUUUCCCGACAUCUCAUGUCGUGCGAUUUGCUCUCAUGGUGCGAUUUUGUGAAAAGAAAUGUCCAAUUACUAACUGCGGUACCCCAAAUAGAACAGCUCGCGAAGUUAAUGAUACAAACGAGGCGGAUGAAGUGAUGGCAGCAGUAAGGGAGGCUGGUUGGGCUGGCGGGCGGAGUGGCGUUGUGGCACAAGGUGGCGCUGCUGGCUGCGGGUCGCCCACUGAUGGACACGUCCCUUUAGAACUUGAGAUGGUCGUCGGAGCUAGGGAUAUACUAUCUGCUGAUACGUUGGUGCGAGCUGACCAUCGUGCUGCGUUGCCGGAAGAGGUUCAGACAAGCGGAGAUGGAGCAAUGGUGUGUGUACACGAGCUACUGCUGGUGGCGCUGGCGCUGGCCUGGCUCGCGGUACAAGUGUUACUGUUGUUGGGCUGCUGCGUUCUUGUUAAAAGAUACCGUAAUUUAGCUGAAAUGAGUAUGCAGAAAGAAUACCAAGCAUUCGACAAUGUUGGCUUCGACACUGUUUCCACGCACCGCCGUGUACACUGGCCUGAUCAGAACAUCGAUAUAUUACACACUACAUAAUUUUUUAUUACACUUUACGUUAAUAAACUACCUACGAAUGAACGUUAAGUUAGAUUACUCAGUAGUUGUCUUUUAAUGAGUUAAUAAACUUUAAAAUGAGAAGAUUUGUUGAUAAAACAUGUAAAUUGGAAAAUAUACUUAUUUAUGACGUAUGUUAUUAUAUUAACAUUAGUUUUUAAAAUUAGUCUUAUAAGUAAAUUAUUUCAGUGUGAUUGGUUUGGUGUAAGUAUUCGUAUAAAGAAACGUGUAUAUUUUUAGAUUGUAGAUAUUUUCACAUACGUGGGCACCUACUAUGUACAUACGACUUAUAAACUAUCAAAUAUUAAAAUAUCUCUGACUUUGA